AUGAUGGCUUCCGAUGAUGGACUUGGCCCUCGCAAGAGGCGCAAGAUUAGUCCCCCAGGGACUGUGCCUUAUGUGCUGCAGCCACUCUUCCAGGAUGUGCCAUUAGCGACUGAGUACAGCUCUGACGUUUAUAUCACUUGUGUUGAAUACUGGAAUGAGAACCUUUACAUUGGCACCUCUGCUGCAGAGAUCUUGCACUUUGUCUGCCUUCCACCGGCUCCCAACGAACCAAACGAGCCUACCUUCAUUUUGGCGUCACGACUACCCAUCUCAUUCGCCCAAAAUGCGACAUUGGAUAGUGAUCAGCAGGGUGUGCGGCAAAUUGUGAUACUUUCCUCAGUGAACAAGGCCUGUGUUCUAUGCAAUGGCACUGUUACGUUCUACCUGUUGCCGGAGUUGAGCCCAGCCUUUGGAAAUACCAAGGUCAACAAUUGCCGCUGGAUUGGUGGCUUGGACCUGAACCGGGACCCGGAAGAUGAAGAAAACCCGGUGGUGAUGAUCGCUGUGCAGAACAGGAUCAUGCUGGUCCAGAUUGGAGAGGAGGCGCGACGGAUCAAGAAGAUCGAAUUCCCCGGGUGCUUGGUUGCGGCGCGCAGAGGCACGAUUGCCUGCGCUGCUGACAACCAUUCAUACUCACUUCUUGAGGUGGAACAUCAACAGAAGAUUCCCCUAUUUCCUAUCUCGUCCUCGAACGAAGUCUUCGAGUCAGGGCAGGUGGAAGAUAUAACGCCGGCAUCUCAUUCACCCCUUCAACGAUCACCUUCUACUUCUUCCCCUAAUUCGCCCCCUGGAGAAGCUCAUUCCCAUGGUAGGAGUAGUAGCUUGAAUGCCUUUGUGGGAAUGCUUCAGCCACAAGGGCAAGUACCCCAGCCAGACCGAUCGCCUUCCGGGACACCGGAUCCUUUCACAUCUACCGGGACACCGAGGCGCUCUAGUUCAGAGGAGCGCGAGGAAGACGAUUCUUCAAAGAGUGUUUCCGGUGAACAGGGGCAUGAUCCGCAGUCCACAGCCACUGAGGACCUGAAGCCGUUGCCUCCGUUACCACGACAGGGUUUGAAACGACUUCCUCCACAUGUGGUGUCCCCAACUCCCUCCGAGUUCCUUCUAGUGACCGGGACCGAGGAAACAGAGCCAGGCGUGGGCAUGUUUGUAGACAUGGACGGUGAGGUUGUUCGAGGCACGAUCAAUUUCCACCGAUAUCCGAAGUCUGUUGUGAUUGAUACCGGCGAAGAAGAUAAAUUAUUUCAGCCCAGCGAGGAUGCAAAAGAGGAAUAUGUUCUUGCUGUGAUCGUUGAUGGCGAAGAUGGACAGACUCAACAGCGACUGGAAAUACAACGGUGGAAUGACGAUCCCGCGGAGAUCGAGCGUCAAAAGAAAUGGGUUGACAUUCCGUCUGGCGAUACCCAGCCAUCUCCAGUUGGCCUCCGACAUACGGUCAGCGCCAGUCAUCUCGAGCUCGAAACCAUCGGGAAGCUUUUGCGGAUGGUCCGCCUUAAAACCUCUUCCCUAUCUCAUGUGGCCGCGGCAGAUCCAAGAACACAGACAUCGAUCGAGCAGCUCCAAAAAGAAAAAGAGCUGUUUGAGUCGCAGGAAUUAACUGACUCUGAGGGAUCUAAGAAAGGAGAGACUUCACCCGGCCAAAGUUGGGAAGAUCAGCGAAAUGCCGAAGAGGUCAAGUUCGCGCAGGGACUUGGAAAACUACAAAGCAGUCUUAUCAUGUGGUCGGGCUCCCAGAUAUGGCGUGUGCUCAAAAAUCCUCUGGUUGUUCAGUUUGAGGAUACAUUGCAAAAAGCCCAAGGAACGAACGACAGCGGGCAAACCAUUCUUCAGAGGAAUGUUGCCACGGACCUGAUGCACUCGAUCCAAGACAUCGAGCCCAAGACCGAGGCAGAAUUCAUUGGCCUAGGCUACUUAAAGCAGAAAGCAAGCCUACUUCUCUAUGCAGAUCUUCUCUCCAUGCAGCCCAGCAAUCGCUCGGACAUGGUGAUUGGAGAUACUGAACAAGCACUUGUGGCUGGCAACCUUGACCCUCGUUUAGUCUUGUUAUUCAUUCCACUCUUACGAGGUGAGGUACUCCAGGGCCCCCAAGGUAUAUGGAUUCAUUCUGGACUGGCAGCCAUUGCGGACAAGUACAUCCAGCAAGUCGAAAAAGCCGGCCACGGACCAUCCGGGCCAACAGCCGCUCACAACCCGGUCCUCAAUAUGCUGAAGCGGUUCCUCUUCUCGUGGCAGCAGAAGAGAGGAUAUGGCAGUAUCCCUGACGAGAUGUAUGUCUUGGACAGCACCGAUGCCGCGCUAUUACACCUGCUUCUGGAACAAGACUACCAUUUAAAUGCGGAGCAGCGAGCAGCGUCACCCACCCGCGCCGAGCUGAACAAGCUGGUCGAUCAUUGGAAAGGCAAUUUCGAGCGAGCAGUGGCACUUCUGGAAACAUACAAGAGACUCUAUGUGCUGAGCCGUCUGUAUCAGAGCCGGAAGAUGUCCCGCAACGUGCUCAAGACAUGGCAGAGAAUUAUUGACGGCGAGACUGAUGCUGGUGGGGAGGUCAGCGCGGCUGGGGUUGAGGCACAGAUGCGUCGGUACUUGGUAAAGAUCAAGGAUGCGCAACUCGUUGAAGAAUACGGUUCCUGGCUGGCCGGGCGAAACCCCGAUCUGGGAAUUCAAGUGUUUGCCGAUCACUCGAGCCGUGUGAGAUUGGAGCCGGCCAAUGUUGUUACCUUGCUCAAGGAGCGAGCUCCCAAUGCCGUCCAGGUCUACCUGGAGCAUCUGGUCUUCGCCAAAAAUUACACGCAAUAUGCCGACGACCUCAUCUCGUACUAUUUGGACACGGUGCUGUCGGUGCUCCAGUCAUCUACCGCCGCACGUACAUCGCUGUCUGAUUCAUAUUCCUCUUACCGGGCACUGCGUGCCCCCAAACCAACAUAUAUGAACUUUAUCACUCAGAACCAUCCCGCAGAGCCCUGGUGGCAAUCUCGACUACGUUUACUACAGCUGCUUGGCGGCACCUCCAGCACGCAGUUUUCGUCCACCCCACUACCAGCAGGAAUCACCUAUUCGAUCCCCAAUGUCCUGGCACGCAUCGAGCCUUUUCAAGAUGAGCUUGUCUCCGAGUGCAUCAUCCUUGACGGGCUGCAGGGCCAUCAUCGCCCCGCCCUUCGACUCCUCACUCACGGUCUGGGCGACUACGAUUCCGCCAUCCGGUACUGUCUCUUCGGCGGCCCACGCAGCUCCUCUUCUGCCGGAGCGUCUCCCGAUCUCGCAGAUCACGAGCUGCAAUCCACGCUCUUCCGCCACCUCCUCGACGAAUUCUUGCAAAUUCAGGACCUGUCAGAUCGUAUUGAGCGCACCAGCGACCUCCUUGCCCGAUUUGCCGCGUGGUUCGACGUCCGCGAGGUCCUCGACCGCGUCCCCGAGGACUGGAGCGUUCAUAUCUUGGGCGGUUUCUUCGUGCACGUUUUCCGAUCUCUGGUUUCCCAGACCCGCGAGGCGCGCAUUGAGCGUGCCCUCAGCGCUGGAUUGAACUUGCGCAUUGGAACCGAGUAUAUUAACGAGAUGGAGAAAGUUGGCCCCUGGAUUGAGGAUGACGAGGGCUCGCGGCGCCUCAAGGACCUCAAGAAUGCCAAGCCCCCGCGGGAUCAGUUGGCACACGUCGAUGGUAUUAAUGAUGACGGGGAAUUUGGAGAUGUGAUCGGGCCUGGGUCUGAGGACGUAGGCCAGUAG